AUGACCAUUCCUUCGCUGCCGUCUUUACCCAGCACUGCUUCCAAACACCCGAGAACUGAGUUUCCAUUCUUCUGUUGCCUCAGUCUCUCAGCCGAACACAUGAUUUCUGGCAUAAGAGAGAAGAUAUGGCUGUUUGUUGCUGUGACGUAUUUGUUUCAAUAAAUUACUUAUUCUGAAGAACUCAGAAGAAUGAAGAGAGCUGUGGAUCCUGAAGCAUUUAUGAAUAUUAACGAGCUCAUUACUUACAAAGGGUACCCCUGCAAGGAGUAUGAAGUGAUGACAGAAGCUGGUUAUAUCAUUACCACUAACAGAAUCCCUUAUGGUACACAGAAUCAGGGAAACCCAGCUUUGAAACCUGCUGUGUUUCUCCAACAUGGAUUAUUGGGAGAUGCUAGUAACUGGAUCACAAACCUGCCCAACAACAGCUUGGGCUUCAUACUAGCUGAUGCUGGGUUUGAUGUUUGGAUGGGAAACAGCAGAGGGAAUCGCUGGUCCAGAAAACAUCAAAAUUAUUCCCUUGAUCAAGAUGAAUUCUGGGCUUUCAGUUUUGAUGAGAUGGCAAUGUUUGAUCUUCCCGCAGCAAUAAAUUUCAUUGUGGAGAAAACAGGACAGGAAAAGUUGUACUAUAUAGGCUAUUCACAAGGUACUACCAUUGCUUUCAUUGCAUUUUCAACAAUGCCAGAGCUGGCUCAGAAAAUCAAACUCUAUUUUGCAUUAGCACCUGUCACAACUAUUAAGUAUGCUAGAAGCCCAGCAACAAAACUCCUCUACCUUCUUGAAAAAUUGAUCAGGGGUUUGCUUGGCAAAAGAGAAUUCCUUCCCCAGGCUGAGUGCCUAAGAAGGCUAAUAGUCCCUGUUUGCAGCCACCGAGCUUUUGCCAGGCUUUGUAGAAGUGUCUUCUUCAGUCUGGGUGGCUGUAACCUGAAAAACAUUGACAUGGAGGCCCAUUCAGGGAAGUUCCAAGCUUAUGACUGGGGCAGUUCAAAGAAGAACAUGGAAAAAUACCAACAGGCUACUCCUCCUCUCUACAAUGUAGAAGAGAUGACUGUACCAACUGCAGUAUAGACUGGGGGACAAGACUUGCUUGCAAAUCCCAAGGAUGCAGCCGUUAUACUGUCUCAAAUUAAGAGGGUCAUCUAUCACAAGAGAAUUCCUGAAUGGGCACACCUGGACUUCAUCUGGGGAUUGGAUGCACCUUUGUGCAUGUACAAUGAAAUUAUUGAUCUGAUGCAGAAAUAUCCUUAA